AUGGGCCUCUUUAGCUUCCUUUCUCGGAGAACUGGGGACAACAAGAGCAAAUCGAGCGCCUCUUUGAAGGCCCUGCCCUACGAUUCCAGUUUUUCCGUGGAAACACCCACUUUAGAUGGAUAUUCCGUUGCCGGCAGCAAUUCGUACGCCGAACCCCCCCUCUCUCGGGGGCGUUCGGCCUUCAGCCAGACAGUGCUCACGCUAGAUACCGCCUCCGAGGACGAGCAACUACCCCCUACUCCGAGACUACCCCAGUUCCGGGAUGAGAGCGUCGAGAGACCGAGCACGGCCCCGAGUGACCGCCCAUCUAGCGCCGCCCCUUCAAACGACGACCCGCGGGUGAAGAGGAACGGCCAGAAAAGGCCGCCGCCGCUCUCCUUCCGCGGACCACGGACUGAGAUCACCGCUCCAGGACCUCGGCCGGGCUCCCGCGGUUCCAUCAGCAGCAUCACGAGUGUAUUUCGCCGCACCAAAGGCCACUCACGGGUCAACUCCCGGCAGGACCCCAACAAGGCAUUCAAGGAUCUCCUCGAUGCCCAGUCUGAAAUUAACCCGGCCCACUCGAGGGCGAGGGUCCAGGCGGCCGGCGCUAGAGAUUACGGCGAAGAUGUUGCCGAGAGAAACAUGGGGCAGAAUGGUUGCGAUCUUGGGUCCGAGCAUGUCAAGGCCUUCUACGCCCAGCCAAGAAGGACCGAAUCCGAAAACAUGGCCGGUACCAAGAAGCUGGACCCGUACAAGGCGGGGGUUCGGAGGAGGUCGGCUCAUCCGAGUCAGUACGUCUUGCCGGCCCAUGCCGCUGCCGAAAGCCCUUUGAUGCCAAACCUAAAGCUAUCUCGUAAGGAGUCCGUCGCCCGUCGCCGAUCGGUCAGCACCUACUUGCCGCCGGGCUUGGGAAAAAUAAAGUUCUUGCCGUUCGACCGAACUUCCGCAUACCUUCGAGACUCCUCACCACGGACGCCCCCACUGGACGCUGAAAAGUCGGAUGCUACGACUGCAGCGCCCGAGUCGCCCAAGCUGGUUAUGCCUCGGGUCCCUAAGACCACACCGGCCCCGACGACUCGCACCACGAGACUUCUGCGUGAUUCCGUCGAGCUCACGAAAAAGAGAGCCGAAGCAUCAGUGCCGGAGGACAGUGUCGCUGAUGACUCGCCCGCAAGCAACUUCGCUGCCUGGUCGGCCAACCGCUCCCGCCGCUCAUCGGCUAUGCUGAUGCCAACCUCACCUCCCCGCCGGAAUCACAGCCUGUAUACCCUGCGGUCCUCUGGCUCGUCUCUUGUCAGCGAGGAGACCGUCCAUACCACCCCACUUUCUCCUCCGAAAACCGCGCCUGGGGAUCAAGUCCAAGGCGCGGCGGAGAGUUCGACGCACUGCGCCGCUGGGAGCCUCGACAACGGCGAUGCUUCCUCCCCAAAAUUCCUCCCCUUGCUUCCGGUCAAAGGGGGAGGCCAUACCGACGUUACCUCACUGGGCGACCAAACCCUUGGGUUCCCACCAUCAAUCCGUACCCGCAGCACCCGCGGAUGGUCCGCCUCCUCGGGCACACCCACGGCCUGCGAGAGCAGCACCGCCGCGAGCAUUUCCACCAGCACUUUUAACAACCGUCCGCCCUCCCUCCAUACCGCGGACACCUCGGUCGACCUCAGCAUCGGCACCGCCUCGCCCAAACUCAAGUCCGCACGCUCCUUCACCCGUACGUGCUCCACCGCCCACGACUCCGACUCGGACUCUGUGUCCCAUUACGAGGACAACAAGCAUACCAAGAUCACACCCUUCCCACCGGACACAGCGGCAGUGGGCAGAGCGUUCAGCAUAGAAGACUACCUCUCUCCCGAGCCCAACCCCAACGACAGCAAUACCAACGAAGACGCAACCACCACCACCACCAUCCCAGCAGCAACAGCAGCAUCAGCAACGGACAAUUUCAACAUCGACGACUACCUCUCCUCCGACGCCGAAUCUCUCACAGCAGCAGCCAACACAACAAUAAAAACAACAUCCCACACCCACCGCCGCCGGCCAACUGCCGAAGGCGAGGAAUACCUGCUGUUCCGGGACUCAGGCUUCGGCGUCGGUGGGCAGCUGCCCGGCCUCGCCGACCCCUUCCCCCCAGCAUCCCUUCCACCGUCCCGCUCGCGCGUGGCGAAGCACCGCCACAGCGCCCUGACCCUCCCUUUGGCGCCGCUAUACGGUGCCAGCGGGAGGCGGAUGAGCACCGGCCGAUGGGAUUGGGGCAGCAGGGACUGGGAUAAAGAGGGCACGGGGGUCGGGAGGAGGCGCUUUAUCCUGGACACGGCGGCUGAUGAUGAGACUGCGUCCGAGUCGGACGAAGAGGAGGUGAUGAUGGGCCGACAACGCAACUGCAACUGCAACUGCGAUAAUGCCACCAAGCUCGAUGUGUAUGACGCUGGGUAUGAGGCAGAUUAUGUCGAGGACGAGUGUGAGGGCGGCGCGCGGCGGCGGCGGCGCCACCAUAGGAAGAAGCGGACGCGGCGGCUGUCGGCGCUGUGUCGGUUGGAAGGCCGCGAAGGGGCGCAAGACGGGCUUCAGCUUCAGGAGGAACGGCAACUGGAGCAGGGCCGAACAGUUGAAGAAGAGAAGAAGGCCGACGACAAAGUGGCCGCUGCCGUGAGGCUGAGGAAGGAGGUCAGGCGGGCGAGGAGGUUGGCCGGGCAGGCGUCGGUGACGGUGUUGCGGGGGAAGAGGUCGGUGAAUUAA